AUGGCUCCAAUGAUCGACGACGGCGUCCACUUACCCCCUAACAACCCCAUCUUGGCCAAAUCCGGGGAUAAACCCAACAUCUACAACGAUGUCAAGGAAGAUGAACUCCAGGAAACGGCAAAGGCCUGCUUGGCCAACUAUGGCACCAAGUUUGAGAAGGACAUCAUCACCGGCAGUAAAGGAUUAUACGUCUAUACUGCCAGCGGCCAUCGAGUCAUGGACUGGACGUCCGGCCAAAUGUCCUGUCUGGUAGGGCAUGGACACCCCGAGAUCGUCUCCACCAUCCAUGACCACGCUGCCAAUUUGGAUCAUUUAUUCUCCGGUAUGCUCUCGCCGCCAGUCAUCAACCUGGCCCAACGGCUCACGUCAGUUCUGCCAAAGGGGUUAGAUAAAGCCUUCUUCCUCUCCACCGGCGGUGAGUCCAACGAGGCUGCCAUCAAGAUGGCUAAAGUCUAUACCGGCAAGUUUGAAGUCGUCGGCCUUGGAGCGAGUUGGCACGGUGUCACUGCACAAGCACUAGGCACUCAAUACCAUUUUGGGCGCAAAGGCCAAGGGCCCUUGAUGCCAGGGAUGCAUAUGCUUCCUCCUCCUAAUGCCUUUCGCUCCAUUUUCCGCAACCCCGACGGCUCGUAUGAUUGGGAAACCGAGCUCAACUACGGAUGGGACCUGAUUGACCGGGCCUCUUGUGGCGCCCUGGCGGCGUGUAUCGUCGAAUGCAUCCAGUCCUCGGCAGGCAUGCAUGUGCUCCCAACAGGAUACCUGAAGGCGCUGAAGAAGCACUGCGAGAGGCGCGGCAUGUUGCUCAUCGUGGACGAGGCUCAAACAGGCGUGGGCCGCUGCGGUGACCUGUUCGCCAUCGACCACGAAGGCGUCGUCCCGGACAUCUUGACGCUCAGUAAGACACUGGGGAACGGGCUCCCUCUGAGCGCCGUGGUCACGAGCUUCGAGAUCGAGCGCGUGUGCACCGAGCGCGAUUACUGCUUCUACACCACACACGUGAACGACCCGCUCCCUGCUGCCGUGGGCGACAAAGUCCUCGAGAUCGUCCUGCGCGACAAUCUUGUCAACAACUCCCGCGCCAUGGGCCUCCACCUCCAAGCCGGGCUGCAGCGACUCAAGUCCCGCUACGGAUGCAUAGGCGACGUGCGCGGACGUGGGCUAAUGGCCGGUGUCGAGAUCGUGGGCGAUCGCGAGACCAAAACCCCCUCGAUCGAGCUGGCAAGAAACAUUUCGCGCAAGAUGUACGAGCUGGGUCUGUGGGCGAACCUGAGCAGCCACUCGAGCUUUGGGGGUGUGUUCAGGAUCGCGCCGCCCAUUGUCAUCACGAAAGAACAGCUUGAUCACGGCCUCGAGAUCAUGGAGAAAGCCUUCCAGAGCACCGAGGGGACGAUGCCCCUGUACUAA